UCCGCUUGGCCGAAAGAGGUUGCGGGUAGCUGAGCAUGGAGCGCGGUCAUUUGCCGGAGACGCCAUUCCACUUGGCCCUUUCGGGGCCCAGGUUCCAGGCCCAGUCGAGCGGCAAUGGUUCCGUGCUGGACAAUGUGCUGCCCGACAUGGCGCACCUGGUGAACCCCUAUUGGAGCCGCUUCGCCCCCAUGGACCCUAUGAUGAGCAAGAUCCUCGGAGUCUUCACCCUGGCCAUCCUGAUCAUUUCGUGCUGCGGCAACGGAGUGGUGGUCUACAUCUUCGGAGGAACCAAGUCGCUGCGCACGCCGGCAAAUCUGCUCGUUCUCAACCUGGCCUUUUCGGACUUCUGCAUGAUGGCCUCCCAGUCGCCGGUGAUGAUAAUCAACUUUUACUACGAGACCUGGGUGCUGGGACCUCUGUGGUGCGACAUCUACGCGGGAUGUGGGUCCCUCUUUGGGUGCGUGUCCAUCUGGUCCAUGUGCAUGAUCGCCUUCGAUCGGUACAAUGUGAUCGUCAAGGGUAUCAACGGUACGCCCAUGACCAUCAAGACGUCGAUAAUGAAGAUUCUGUUCAUAUGGAUGAUGGCCGUCUUCUGGACCGUAAUGCCCUUGGUUGGCUGGAGUGCCUACGUGCCCGAGGGAAAUCUGACUGCUUGCAGCAUCGACUACAUGACGCGGCUGUGGAACCCAAGAUCAUAUCUCAUUACAUAUUCUCUGUUCGUGUACUACACUCCCCUGUUCCUCAUCUGCUACUCCUACUGGUUCAUCAUCGCCGCCGUGGCAGCUCAUGAAAAGGCGAUGCGGGAACAGGCCAAGAAGAUGAAUGUGAAAUCUCUGCGGAGCUCCGAGGACUGUGACAAGAGUGCCGAGGGAAAGUUGGCCAAGGUGGCUCUCACCACAAUUUCCCUGUGGUUCAUGGCCUGGACUCCGUACCUGGUCAUCUGCUAUUUCGGGCUCUUCAAGAUCGAGGGUCUAACACCCCUGACGACCAUUUGGGGAGCCACCUUCGCCAAGACGAGCGCUGUCUACAAUCCCAUAGUUUACGGCAUAAGUCAUCCCAAGUACCGUAUCGUGCUGAAGGAGAAGUGUCCUAUGUGUGUGUUUGGCAACACUGAUGAGCCGAAACCGGAUGCACCUGCUUCCGAUACGGAAACCACAUCAGAGGCAGAUUCAAAGGCUUAACAAGAAAAAAGGUUUAGAGACACUCCGCAAUUGCCUUAAUGAGGCACAAAAAUUUAAAAAAAAGUGAUAUGCAACAUCAUAAAGUGAUACAAAAAUGUAAAAAAAAUGAAUAAAGUUAAGAAUAACAGAA